AUGCUUCUGGAGUUGUAUAAGGCCGAGAAAGCAGUGCACCAGAAAAAAGAACAUUCAAAAAAUAAGUGCCAUAAAGCUCGAAGAUGUCACAAAAACAAACUGCUAGAAUUUAACCGAAGACAGAAGAAGAACAUGUGGUUAGAAACGCACAUCUGGCACGCCAAACGGUUUCACAUGGUCAAGAAGUGGGGCUACUGCCUCGGGGAGAGGCCAACGGUCAAGAGCCACCGGGCCUGCUAUCGAGCCAUGACUCACCACUGCCUCCUUCAGGAUUUGUCCUACUACUGUUGUUUGGAGUUGAAAGGCAAGGAGGAAGAAAUACUGAAGGCACUUUCUCAGAUGUGUAGCAUAGAUACAGGAUUGACUUUUGCAGCUGUGCAGUGUGUAUCUGGAAAACGGCAAGGUAGUCUGAUGCUUUACCGGGCAAAUAAAUACCCGAGAGAAAUGCUUGGUCCUGUCACAUUUAUCUGGAAGUCCCAGUGCGGGUCUGAUGACACCUCAGAGGGCAGGCAGCUGUGGAUUUGGCUCCAUCCCACUCUGAAACAGGAGAUCUUAGGAGAAUUGAAGACAACGUGCGAGUGUACGGAACCCGUCAGACCAACUCUCUGCACCCCUGACCACCUUCUGACAAAACCCCAAGAAAAAAGCCAAACUCAACUGUCUGAUGAGAAAAUUGGCAAGAAAAGGAAGCGGGAAGAUGAUGGAGAAAAUGCUCAACCAGUUAAAAAAGCUUUUGGGGACAGAACUAGAGAUUCAGACCAGCCACGCUCCUGGGUGUCGCCGACCACGGGCAUUGUGAUCAGUGAUCUGACGAUGGAGAUGAACAGAUACCGGUUGAUUGGUCCCCUCUCCCACUGCAUCCUCACGGAGGCACUAAAAGCUGCUGCUGUCCUCACUGAAGAAGAUACACAGAAGACACCUCACAGUUGGUGGGUUGAGGCCUGUAAGAAUCCUGAUAACAUUUCUCUUCACCGCAAACAAGAAGCCAUUCUUGAAUUGUUGGGAGGAGUAACAUCACCAGCAGGAAUUGCUGCAGGUACUGUUCUGGGUCUGACGGUUGGUGAUCCUCGAAUAAAUUUGCCUCAGAAGAGGUCCAAAGCUUUACCUAAUCCAGAAAAAUGUCAAGAUAAUGAGAAAAUUAGACAGCUGCUUCUGGAAGGUGUGCCUGUGGAGUGUGCGCAUAGCUUUAUCUGGAACCAAGCUGUCUGUAAGAGUGUCACAGAGAAUAAAAUCUCGGAUCAGGACUUAAACCGGAAAAGAAGCGAAUUGCCGGUGCCUGGGUCGCAACUUGUCUUGGGUCCCCAGGAAUCCAAGAUACCUGUACUUUUGAUUCAACAGCCAGGAACAGUAACUGGUGAAGACCGACUAGGAUGGGGAAGUGGUUGGGACAUUCUUCUCCCAAAGGGCUGGGGCAUGGCUUUCUGGAUCCCAUUUAUCUAUCGAGGCGCCAGAGUGGGAGGAUUAAAAGAGGGCUUGAUGCAUACUCAGUAUAAAAGGUCCCCUAACAUCCCAGGUGAUUUCCCAGACUGCCCUGCUGGGGUUCUGUUUGCCGAAGAGCAAGCUGAGGAGCUUCUUGAAAAGUACAAAAGACGCCCUCCAGCCAAACGGCCCAACUACGUUAAGCUUGGCACUUUGGCCCCUUUCUGCUGUCCCUGGGCACAGCUGACUCAAGAUUGGGAAUCAAGAGUACAGACCCAGGAAGAGUCUUCUGCAGCCACGUCUCCAUCCAGUGAAGAGAGUGACAUGAGGACAGAUGAGAUGCUUUGUGCAGUUACACCUGAAGAAACUCUUAAGCGAUCUGUAAAUGAACCCAGAGAGCUGGAAGAGUCUUCUGCAGCCAUGUCUCCAUCCAGUGAAGAGAGUAACAUGAGAACAGAUGAGAUGCUUUGUGCCGUUACACCUGAAGAAACUCUUAAGCGAUCUGUAAAUGAACCCAGAGAGCUGGAAGAGUCUUCUGCAGCCACGUCUCCAUCCAGUGAAGAGAGUAACAUGAGAACAGAUGAGAUGCUUUGUGCAGUUACACCUGAAGAAACUCUUAAGCGAUCUGUAAAUGAACCCAGAGAGCUGGAAGAAAUGGACGUAGAGGGUCAAGACCGGCCAGGGACGGACUUGGCGAGGGGCCAGACUGCUGCUGAGAACUGCAUUGCUGCCCCUCGUGGUCUCCCGUGUGUGGUCAGGGAGAGAAAAUUGCUGAGGCAGCUGUCAGCCUGGUGUGGGCCUCUUUCUCGGGGAAACGCGGCAGCCCGGCAAGCUCCUGGCAGAGGCCAGCAAGACGUGACCCGGGAAGCCUGCAUGUCCAUCCUGAGCUGCUUCCCCAGGGCGCUGGUGUGGGUCAGCCUGUCCCCGCUGCACAAGGGUAUUCCAGAGCUGCACACCAUGAUCUGCGUCCCGGCCGACGAAGACCUUCUGCAUCUCCGUCAGGAUCGGCUCUACUGCGGGCCCCAGGAACCCAAACACGGAGACCCCUUCAAGAGCCAGCUCCAGAAACAGAAGAAGAAGAAGAUGGAGAAGAGGCGGAGACGGAGCGGGGAUGCAGCUCCCAAGGACCAGGCAGGAGAGGAAUCUGCCCCUGGACGUGAAGCUUUAACGCUAGGCCUGUGGUCAGGCCCACUCCCACCUGUGACUUCUCACUGCUCCAGGCUUCUCCUGGGCUUCGUCACUCAGGGGUAUUAUUCCAUGGCGUUGGGCCGUGGACAAGCCCUGGGCUUUGUUAGUUUGACAGGCUUGCUGGAUAUGCUGGCCGGGCAGCCAGCUCAUGAGAGGGGCUUGGUGUUACUGAGGACCUCCGCCUCCCUGCAGUACCGAUUUGCGAGAAUUGCUGUUGAGGUGUGA